UAGCGGCUCCCGAGAGCUGCGAAGGGCCCUACCGGCUCGGCCCAGGCGCCUCCCGGCCCCAGUGGCUUAUGUAAGCCCGGGGGCGGGGCGGCGCUUACACGACAGCCGGGCGGGGGCCGCAGCCGCAGCCGCAGCCGCAGCGGCGCCAUGUCCUGGUACCGGAGCACCGCGUGGUUCCUCAAGGGGCUGUGGGAGUACACCAGGAGUGGCUAUGUCUCUGCAUCCAAACACUUUGUUCCGGCAGACUUGGAGGUAAACGUAAUUGGAAGAUCCUUCAUGAUUACUGGAGCAAACAGUGGUAUUGGCAAAGCCACUGCAAUGGAGAUAGCAAAGAGAGGUGGCACACUUCAUCUGGUUUGCCGAAAUGCAGAGAGAGCUGAAGAAGCUAAAAGAGAAAUAACAACAGAAACUGGUAAUCAGAAUAUCUUUUUGCACAUUCUGGAUAUGUCUAAUCCCAAGGGAAUUUGGGAGUUUGCUGAAAAAUUCAAGACUGAACAUAAGUUAAAUGUCUUGAUAAACAAUGCAGGCUGCAUGGUAAACAAAAGAGAACUAACAGAGGACGGACUUGAAAAGAACUUCGCUACAAAUACCUUGGGUGCAUACAUUCUUACAACUGCUCUACUGCCUUUGCUGGAAAAAGAAGAUGAUCCCAGAGUUAUAAUUGUCUCUUCAGGAGGGAUGUUGGUUCAGAAAUUAGAUGUAUCUGAUUUGCAGUCCGAAAAUGUAACAUUUGAUGGUACUAUGGUCUAUGCCCAAAACAAGAGACAGCAAGUAGUCUUGACAGAACAAUGGGCUAAGGUGCACAAAAACAUCCAUUUCUCUGCCAUGCAUCCUGGUUGGGCAGAUACACCAGCGGUGAGAUCAGCUAUGCCAGAAUUCUAUGAAAAAAUGAAGAACAAACUGCGCACAGAGGCUCAGGGAGCCGAUACAGUGGUGUGGCUGGCAGUCUCACCUGCAGCAGCUAAGCAAACAAGUGGCCUGUUCUUCCAAGACCGGCAACCUGUUUCUACUCACUUGCUCCUGGCCAGAACAUACUCUUCACCAGAGGAGGAAAAGAAGCUAAUGGAAGCUUUGGAAGAGCUUUCCCAGAAAUUUAAACCCACUUGAUCACAUCUUCUGUAGGCAUUUACCACCACCCAAUUGAACAGAAAUGAAGCUUUGAAUUACAAUACUAGCAGGACUGUAUUACACCUGUAUUACAAAUAUGAGGGGAAGAGAACAAGUUUGCUACAAUUAAUAUACUUCUAAGCAGAAUCAGUUCACCUUUUAACUAACAAGUUGUAAUGUAUGCUGUUACUGCGGGCUUUCAUAAAAUAGCAUAAGCCAUCGA